GGCACAGAUAGAGUUUUUUUUUUGUAUUUGUUGCAGUUAUUUUAUUUUGAAUUUUUGUUUGUUUGUUUUUUUUUUUUUAUAAGUUCCGCAAAAUGUAGUAUUUUAUUUGAAAUCUUCCAUUUGCUGAAAAAUUAAAAUCGAAUUUAAGGUAAUCCGUUUACCUUGGAACAGUCCGCCGCAUAGCAGGAUGAAAACAGAUUACACCAAUCCCACAAAUAACAGUAGCAACAGUUUAGUUUUGGAAAGCCUUCACAUAACUCGUCAUAGCAUUGACAACGUUAACCCUAUCAACGGCAAUGCGUACUCGACAUCCUCCACCACAAGCAAUGUCUCCACAGCAUCCGUUGUCGAUAAAGCAUCACAUUGCAACGGUCGCGGAGGCAAUAGUCCCCCCAGUCUGGAUAAAAAGAAAUGCAAUGAACUACAACCCACAAGCAGCAGCAAUAAUUCCACCGCCCCCAACAACCACAGCAGUAAUCUACUGGAAACCACCGCCGAUAUGAAUUUAAACUCUGACAUGGAGAAGAGUCAUUGUUGUAUGACGACACCCUUGACCACCAUAUCAUCAACUGUGUCUUCCUCGGCUGUUGUUGCCACUCUCCCAAAUACAGACCUUGCCAGAGAGCAGUGGUAUGUCCAUCACACGCCCAGCCAUCCACAACAUCAAAUAUCUGAAGAAUUUGUUAUGUAUGCACCUGCUUUGCCCACUAGUAGUACUGGAACGUCCAUUGGAAAAUUUGGCAUUGAAAGUUCCACGGAGAGCUAUCUAAAUUCCAGAUAUAAUGUGAACGUCAAAGGAGUGCGACAUGAAAGAACUUCGUCUUUUUUCGACAUUCCAGCUGUGACGCAUCCAUACUGCUACAGAUUCCCAGCUUCACCACCUGCAGGGAUUUUAAAGAAAAGCGAUGAUGACGCCUCAUUUUGCAAUAAUUCCGCCGUUUCAUCUUCCCUACAAUUUGGUCAACAUUUUCAUAGUUCUAAAAACGAACAUCCGGAUUCAACUACUUCACAUUUGGCCAAUCACCACCACCCUCAUCAGAAUCCACAUCACCACCAUCAUGCGCAUCACCAUCACCAUGCUCAAACAACUAAUUUACAUCCUCAUCAUCAUCAUCAUGGGCAUCAUCUAAGUCCACAUCAUUCGUCCGCUUUUAAAUUCAGUCAUCCCAGCGUUUUAAGUUCAUCGUCACCUCCCAGCGUCUACCAUCAGUACAACGGACAAAACACAUCCUCAGCUUAUGGUUUAAGACCCACUUCAGAAAUUGGCCCUCUGACAUUGGCGCCAGUCUCCACAACAUCAGAUGUGGACAUCAAAUAUGAAAAUCCUUACAACGCAGCGAUAUCCUCCACCUAUGCUUUGAGGACGGCCAAUGGAGUAGACUCAUCUACCGCUGUGUCAUCGACGGACUCGGAUUUCAAACUGGAAAGUCUGUAUACAGCUAAUAAUGGCAUUACAACCAGUCACACUGUGAGCCAAAGAAGGGGCUCACUGCAGUUGUGGCAAUUUUUGGUAGCCUUAUUGGAUGAACCCACUACAAAUUCCAGUUGCAUUGCCUGGACCGGACGGGGCAUGGAAUUCAAAUUAAUCGAACCUGAAGAGGUGGCCAGACGUUGGGGCAUACAAAAAAACCGACCAGCAAUGAAUUACGACAAACUUUCUCGUAGUCUACGUUACUACUACGAAAAAGGUAUCAUGCAGAAAGUAAAUGGCGAAAGAUAUGUUUAUAGAUUUGUCUGUGAUCCAGAAGCAUUAUUCAACAUGGCCUAUGGCCACCUUGCUGGAGGAAAUGCUGCCGCAUCAAGUGGCACACCAAUAACGUCAACAUCCUCAAAACAAGAUCAACAUCAUCAUCAUCAUCAUCAUCCUCACCACCACCACCACCACCACUUGUUGACAACUGCGGGAAAAGGCAGCAGCCUAGACACUGGUCUCUUGAUAAGGGACUCAGUUACACAUUCCUCCAUGGAGGAUGACUCAAAUCGGGAUAGGUCAACCUUGAAUCAUAUUUCAGUGGCUGCGACCAAACACCAUGAGCAAUUGUAUUAUGGUAAAUUUUAAUUUGUACCAAUUGUAUGAAUUCUAGGGCAAACAUUAUCAACACACGUGUAUUUAUGUAUGUAUACCUUUUAUAGCAAAAAUAAACAAAUAAUAAAUGAAUAUCGACAAAUGCUACUACAUGUUAUAAAAAAGACGCGAGAGCGAGUGAUUGUUAAAAUCUUUAAUAAAAAAUCACAAUGAUGCAGUUUAUACAA